UUGGCAUCAUGUGACAUCAAGUAAUCUGAAAGCAUGGACAACGUUGUUAAACAUCAGGGAUUUAUUGAAUGGUUAUGCUGAUCAUUUGCUUCAGAUGUAACAGGACAUCAACAGCUUCACAGCUUUACAAUUCACCUUGGAUUUACUUCAGGAAAAACAAUUCAUUGCAUUCAAGUGGCAGCUUGAUUUUCCUGUACCAUGGGUUCUUCACUGACACGCUGUGCAACUCUUGAUAAACCAUGGAGAGACGUACCAUGGGGCAAGAAAAAGAAAGACUUUGAUCAUGUGAAGAAGUUCAAGCCUCAUUCAAAAGUUAAAAAUCUCAGAGUUCUGCUGCAUGGACCACCAGGCUCUGGAAAAUCGAGUUUCAUCGACUCUGUUGACAGCGCUCUACGAGGAAGAAUUUCAACUCGAGCUUUGGCAGCCACCAACAAUGAUGGCAGCUUCACUCAGGAAUUCAGAAGUUACAAAAUCCAGAAAGAAAAGCCUGGAAACUUUUAUCCUAUUGUCUUCAGUGACACCAUGGGUAUUGAGAAGGGCUCUGGGAAAGGAGUUGAUGUGGAAAAUAUCAAACUGAUUCUAAAAGGACACGUCACUGAAGGAUUCAAGCUGAUUCCUGGCAGUAAACCAACUGGAUCCCACUACAAAAAAAAUCCGACCAUCAAUGACAAAGUCCAUGUCCUGGUUUGUGUUGUUUCUGCCACCACAGCAAACCUGAUGGAUAAUGAUUCUGUACGCAAGCUAAUGAAGGUCAGAAAGGAAGCCGGGGUCUUAGGGAUCCCCCAGAUAGCUAUUCUCACUAAAAUUGAUGAAGCCUGUCCUGAGGUCAAAAAAGAUAUCAGGAAUGCAUACAAGAGCAAGUACCUGAAAGAGCAGGUGGAAAAACUGAGUGUGACCCUGGGGAUUCCUAUAAACUGCAUCUUCCUGGUGAAGAACUACAGCACAGAAACUGAAACAAAUGAGAAGACUGAUGCACUGAUCCUGCGAACAAUGAGAAGGAUCAUCGACUACGGACAAGACUUCCUGAAUGAAAACCGUUAGUGAUUCAUAGUUCAGAACAAAAGAAUAAGAUGCAUGCUCUUUACAACGUUGAUUAGUUUAUAGCAGGGGUCGGCAAUUAGCUGCCCGCGGGCCAAAUGUGGCCCGCCGAACCGUCCAAUCUGGAAGUGCCCCCAAAAAAGUGGCCAGACGCCAAAUCUAAUUGUCGACCCCUUGUUUAUGGGUUUUCUUCUUCACCAUCGUCUUUGUUUUUAUGUUCAGAAAUAAAAAUUUAAUUAAAAUGUGCCCAAAUUUAUGCGGAUCAGGACAAGCAUGACUCAAAAUCAUGAUUAAAAGGAUUCAAAAGAUGGCUAAUGUUGGGAUUUGUUGGGAUUUUGGUAUAUCAAGAAAGUUUUUAAAUUGCCAUGAAUGUAAGACUUCAUGUUUGUCUCUUGGCUACAGAGGCACAGUGAAAGGGUGGGGGGUGGGGCCUCCUUUUGAGCCAACAGGUAAUGAACCCUGAUAGGGUGGCUUCUAAUUGGAUGGUUCCUUCUCCUGCUAAUCUCUCAUUGCAUCCUGAACUUCAAAUGGGAUCGAUCCCCAGAGCCCUGGAGCCAGCGAGCCAGCACUGCUAAUGACAACAAAGUCAGAGGAAGGCCUGCAGCUCCAGGCCUAACCAAAAGAAGAGGUUCAGGAUCCUGGGUAACACUUUAUAAGUACAGUGUAUAAGUAUUAUAAGUACAGUAUAAGUACAUUUAUAAAGCAUUAUAAUGUCAUUAUAACACGUGUAGCUAUAGUUAUAAACAUUCAUAGAUGAUCACAAUGCCAGGACCGAACCCUAACCCUAUGCUGUAUAGUGCUGUAUAGUGAGUUAUAAAGCAUUUUGAUCAUGUAUGAGUAUUUAUAAUUACUUAUAAUGUGUUAUGCUGGGUGCUUAAAGUAAAGUGUUACCGGAUCAUGUGUCUGGCCACUGAACACAAGGAUAAGACUCAGAAAGACCCUGUUCUCCCUGAGACCCAAAUCAAGGAGGCCACAGCUCACUGUCGUUACUUUCUCCAGCAAGCAUGAUCGUCGAAGCUCCUGCAGGGAGCUUAUGGUGUUGUUAAGCAGAACCGGGCCAAGCUCCCCCAGAGAAUCAGCCUCCAGCAUCUAAACGGACCAGUUCCCCACAGCCAAACAACACUGCACAGCAGAUUCGGGGUCGUUUCUUCAGUCCUUCAGCUUCUUCUUCAUCUUCUCCUUUGGUACCAGCAAGAGGCAAUAUGAGCAGAGACCCGCUAACUAGAAACAAAGGAAGAACCACAUGCUAACGCCAAGCAGCUAGCUGCAGCAAAACAAUUCAUCUUCAGAGACAAUGAAACAUGCUAACUAUUCAGAAAUUAGGAUAGAACUAGUUUUUCCAAAUGUAGAACUGUUUGAUUUCAUGAUGUGUUGAAUUAAUAUGAUUGUUGUCCUGGUUGAUGAGCUAAUUAGUUACAGUUGGUAAACUUUUAGCUUUACCUCACCCAACAUGGGGUCUGCAAGUUAAUCUUACUCAAAAUGUAAUGUGUAAUCCUGCACCCAUCUCAACAAAGACAUCAUAUUUCUUUUUUCAUAUUUCUAGCUUUAUUUAUAAGCACCGGAUACAACGCAGUCAUUUCUUACUACUUUUACAGAGAAACCCAACAGUUCCACGUGAGCAAGCAAAAGUGACUGCGGAAAAGAAAAACUCCCUUUCAAAAAAAGAAACCUGCAGAACCAGGCUCAGAGGUGGCGGCUUUCUGCUAUUCUAGUUGGGGUGAGGGGAUAUAUGUAAUUAAACACUGUCUGCAUGACAUGAGGGGACGUACAACACAGAUCACACAUUGCCCCACUUUGAUUUGGACUUCAGAGAGUAACACUGAGAGAUGAAAACAGGCCUCACUUUCUCCCACCCCAACUUUCAUAGACCACAUUUUGGGGAUACAUGCCAAGGAUCAGCAUUUUGAGUGUAUUCUUUGGCUGUCAGAUACUUUCAUCUUUAGUUUCAUUCCUCAAGAUGUCCAUUCCAUCUCAAAAGCUCUCUAUUUCUCUCACACACAAACACAAAACAACUUGUAUUUAUAAGGGUUGUGUUCUUGGUUUGCUUUAUUGUAAAUAAAUAUAUUUUUUGGAAUCACUGGUGUUUAUUAAUGCUUCACUAUUAUGAGUUAAAUGUCAGCCUCUUUUGUUCAAGAAUUCCGGAAUCCUUGAGGUGUCGCUGUUAAAAUUUGGUUACGCUAAGAUUCACAAAAUGCUGUCAGCUGGACUCUUCAUGAAAUCAUCUAAAAAAUGCCUGGCAGGAGGACUUGGGAGUGAAAACCAAAGAUAAUCAAUGUGAAAAAAAUAUAUAUAUUUUGAAUUCUUUUUCUUUAUGUGUCUGACAUGGACUUUUACAAUUCAAAGUUUUACAAAGGCUACAUUUGUCAAAGUUGAGACUUUUGAAAAUGUUCAUUUCUGUAAAACCCUCCUGCUGUAGAUGUAAACAGCAACUGGCGUCAAUGGUCUGUAUGUUAUUUAACUGCCUUUUCCAUUGAAACUUAUUGGAAUAAACUU